CUCUUGAUAUUUAUUUUAGAUACAUUUAAAUAUAGACACUUGUUAAUAGUAAUAAUUAUUAUUGUUUCAUUGUUUAAUGUCACAUGAGAACAAUUUUUAUCUUAUCCUUGAUUGGACAUUUAACUAGGACUAUCGCUGUAACUUCAUAUAUCUAUCCUAUAUCAAACUGUACGUAUGACUUAUUUAAUCACACAAAGAUGACGCGAGGGUGUUUAAUAUUAUGUUGUUACGCUGGAAUAUUAUUUGCAAGUUUUUCGCCGGUAAAGGGACUCAUUAAACCGCCGAAGAAAUACGUAGUGAAUCUUGACGUGGAACCAGAGAAAAGAUGGCAGGAAGUUGCUUUGGAUCAUACAUUUCUAAUCAAGGAUAUUCAAUCAAUCGUGACUUCAGUGAUACCCAAAGAUAUACUGCCGUAUAUAGAACUUAUUGCCACAGACAUAGAUUAUUAUCUACCUAAACCCUAUGCUGGUGAAAUGAGAGGAUUUGCUAAGGUAUUGAACAUAAGUGUAGGAGAUAUUGUCAUGACCAAUCUUAUUUAUGAUGUCUCUGCAUUUUGCACAAGCAUAAUAUCACAAGACGACAAAGGUCAAAUUUGGCAUUCCAGAAACUUAGACUACCCCUUCACAGGUAUUCUAGAGAACAUAACUAUUGCUGUAGAUUUCCAGUCACGUGGUCAGACGGUGUACAGUGUGGUAACCUAUGCAGGGUAUAUCGGAGCUUUAACUGGACAACGUCCUAAUGUUUUUACCAUCACCGUUGAUGAAAGAGACCAGGGGUCAAUUAUAUGGAAUCUUGUGAUCGGAAUUCUUGACAAAAAUGUGGUACCAGUGUCUUUCCUUGUUAGAGAUGCCCUUGCUAAUGACACGACGUUUGAGGCAGCCAUUAACCGUUUGUCCUUCACACCAACAGCAGCAGAUGCGUAUUUCAUUAUGGGUGGGGUAAAACCAGGAGAAGGUGCUGUCAUAACAAAGGGACGGCUUGCACCAGAUGAUGUCUGGAGACUAGAUCCAGCUAAUGGAAGAUGGUUCCUGGUUGAAACCAACUAUGAUCACUGGACACCUCCGCCACCUAAUGACAAUAGAAGAGAUCCAGCCAUUAAAGCGAUAUCAAGUUUAGGACAGGCCAACAUAACCGUAAUGAAUCUGUUCAAUGUAAUGUCAACUCCUAAAGUGUUGAACUCGUAAGUAUACAUUAUUAACGUUUCGAUGAUUCGAGUAUUUGCAGUUAAUAUGUUAAAUGACUCAACUCAAUUCUUUUACAUCAUUACCCGUCACGCGACGCAGCUUUUUUUCUUGAGAGAAAGCAAAAUUAGUAAGCUUCAAAAAGGUUGGUAACUUACAUCUAGUACUUAAAUGCCU